UGUCCCACGAGAAUUACUAGUACAACAGCAUCACUACUGGAUGUUAUCCUCACUUAUUAUGGUGAUGAUAAAAUAUUAGAUACAGAAGUAAUACACCUUGGUAUCAGUGAUCAUAGUCUUGUUUAUCUGUGUCGAAAGCUCAGCAUUCCUAAGGCGCCACCAAAAACUGUCUUUACUAAACAUUAUCAAAAUUAUAAUGUUAACCAGUUUAACAACGAUCUAAGUGAGGUUUUUAGUUUGCCCUUGGAUUCAGCUAUUUUAACUGACCCAAAUGCCUUAUGGAACGAUUUUAAAAAUAAGUUUUUGAGCGUCGCAGAUAAACAUGCACCAAUCAGACAACGUCGUGUCAAGAGUAAAUAUAAACCGUGGCUGACAAAUGAAAUUAAGCAAAUGAGCUAUCGUAGGGAUUACCUUAAAAAGCAAUCGAUUAAAUUAAGAUCUGCGUAUUAUGAUAAGGCUUACAAGAGAUGUAAAAACAAGUUAAAUAAUCUCAUAAAAGAAACUAAACAAGAAUACUUUGGAGAUAAACUAAGCAAUGCUAAAAAUAGCAAAGAAAGUUGGCGAACUAUUAACGAAUUAUUAAACAAAAGCCUAAAACUUCAGAGGUUAAAGAACUAG